CUAUGAUGGAGACAGCCAUUGGAGCUCUUCAGUAGGGGAGUAGUAGGAGAAACGUAUUAGCCAGUAGAGAGAGAGUGAGGGAUAGUGAGAGGAGAGAAGAGCGAGAGAGAGAGAGAGAGACAGUAGGGGGGAAGGGAGAGACGUAGCUUUACUAGGUCUGCAGAGUUGUUGCAUAAAGACUGAAACUUUGGAUGUUUUAGGUUCGUUUGGGGAAAUAGUGUUUUGGAUUAAGACAAGAGGGUUUUUGGAGAUGAGGGUUCUUUCUUGAUUGUUCUGUUUGUUUUUGGGGUCAUGCAUGAGGUUUCUGGAUAAUGCAUUGAGUCGUGUUUUCCGUGUAAUGGGUUUGCUGAAGGCGUCAUAUGUUCAUCUGGGUCGAGGGAUUUCUAUUGAUUUGAGCGUUCAAGAGCUUUCAACUAUGUGUGUUCUUGUUCAUUUCUUGACUCUGAUGAGUUUGGUUUGUUGACGGUUUUGGAAUCCGAUGAUUUCUUGUAUUUGUCUUGUAACUGUUUGAUGAAUUGUCUAGUCUAGCAAAAACAAAUUCUUUCGUUAUUUCUGGGUUGGGGUGGGACAUUGAUUGAUCAUUCAUUCAUUCAUUCAUUCUUCCUGUUGAUAAUCCAAAUUCUUUCAUUCUAUUUGUCAAAUACAUACAUCAUACUAUAGGUAUUCAGUUGAUUCUUUAUUAUAGGCUUCCUUUGGUUUUUCUCAUCGGAUUCCUGUUUUUUUCUUUAGGUUUAUUGAUAGAUCCAUACACUCACAUUACUUGAGUUUCCUUUUCUGAAAAUACUCUCUCUGUGGAUUUCAAACAUUCAGAAGCUUACAUUACAUGUGCAUUUAGGGACGGUUUGAGGUUCAUAGUAAAGAAACUUUUUAGCAGAGGUUGGAAGAGAGGGUGUGAGAAGAAAGAGGGAGUGGGUGAGCAAAAUAGGGAGAGUGAGGGGAGAACACCAAAAAAAGAAGAGCAAAACUGGAAGGAUAUAGAGGAUGUUGGCUGGUUGUUCUAGUUCCACAUUGUUGUCACCUAGGAAUAGAUUGAGAAGUGAGUCAGCAGCAGCACAGUUUCCAGCUUGUCAUUUCCAGUUACCAUCAAUGAGCACACAGAGAUUGGACUUACCAUGUUCAUUCUCUCGGAAAGAGUCCACAAGAUCACAACCCAUUAGGCCUGUUGGAGUCGUCGGCCUUUCAGUUGACAACAAGCCACUCGAAUCCAAGACCAGCGGUUGCUCUCUUAGGCAGACCAUCCGGCUCCCUCCAUUGGCAACAGCAGCAGCUCAUCAAUCAGACUUCAAGGAUGAGUUUUGGGACAGAAGAGGUAACAACAACUCGAGGAAGAAGAAGAGGUUUGCAGCAGAUGACGACGAGUCUUGCAACAUCAGGGCCAAGAGGAAGAAAGGUGGUGAUGGUUUUAGAUUAGGCCAGUUUGGUGUUGCAAAUUUCUGGUUUCAACCAAGUUUACUUCAAGUCCCUAGAGAUUCACAACUUCCUUUCUCCUUGACAUGUUCAGGGGAAGAUGAAAGGGUGUGCUAUGUCCCUAGUGAAGUGAUUACACCACCUCUGCAACCGUUGUCCAACAACAACCCAUGGUUUGACUCAGUUAUAACUGAGAUUACUCGCAUAGGGGAGAAAGACGGAGAGAGCAGCCAAAUCCCAGUGAAAGAAGCUUCUUCAGGUUCUAGUCCUUCAUCCGAAAGUCAAAGCUUGGGGCUUAGGUCACUAAGUGAGAAUGUUGAGGAGCAUGAAGUGGGCAAUGGCUUAAGCAAUCCUCACCAUCCACAGCCAGGAGCAACUGCCGAUGCUGCAGCCGAGGACGAUCAGCAAGUAGAGUAUCGGGGUUUCGAGUUAGUCAGCUUGCUCACAUCAUGUGUUGAAGCAAUCGGGGCAAAGAACGUUGCAGGAGUCAACCAUUUCAUAUCCAAGAUGGGGGAGCUUGCUUCUCCGAGGGGAAGUUCGAUCAGCAGGCUGAGUGCUUACUACACUGAAGCUUUGUCCCUCAGGGCUACAAGGAUUUGGCCACACAUAUUCCAUCUCAAUACCCCGCGCGACCUUGGUCGGGUUGAAGAUGAUUCAGGCACCGCAUUAAGGCUUCUGAAUCAGGUGAGCCCAAUUCCAAAAUUCAUUCACUUCACUGGCAAUGAGGUUUUGUUGAGGGCAUUCGAAGGGAAAGACAGGGUUCAUAUCAUUGACUUCGACAUCAAGCAAGGUCUUCAGUGGCCUAGCUUGUUUCAUAGCUUGGCAUCCAGAGGUAACCCACCCAGCCACGUUAGAAUCACGGGUGUAGGAGAAUCGAAGCUGGAGCUAAACGAGACUGGCUACAGGCUAGCUGGAUUUGCCAAUGCGCUGAACUUGCCAUUCGAGUUCCAUCCAGUUGUUGAUAGGUUGGAAGAUGUGAGGCUAUGGAUGCUUCAUGUAAAAGAAGGAGAAACUGUUGCAGUGAAUUGUCUCUUUCAGUUGCACAAGACCCUGUAUGACACCAAUGCAGUAGCAAUGAGGGAUUUCCUGGGAUUGCUCAAGAGCGCGAACCCAAUAGUGGUGGUGGUGGCAGAGCAGGAAGCAGAACAUAAUGGCCUCAGCUUGGAAUCCAGAGUGUGUAAUUCAUUGAAGUACUACUCUGCAGUAUUUGACUCCAUUGAUUCUGGCCUACCAUUGGAAAGUCCAGUGAGGAUGAAGGUAGAGGAAAUGUUUGCAAAGGAGAUCAGGAAUAUAGUUGCUUGUGAAGGGAUUGACAGGCUUGAGAGGCAUGAGAAGUUUGGGAAAUGGAGGAGCUUACUGGAGCAGGGCGGGUUUCGGUGUAAUGGUCUCACUGAAAGGGAGUUUCUACAGGGGCAGAUGUUGUUGAAGAUGUAUCCUUCUGGGAGCUAUGGAGUUCUGAAGCAGCAGCAAGGGCAGGAUGGCGGCAGUUUGGCAGCAGUCACUCUUACUUGGUCGGAAGAGCCGCUCUACACAGUCUCAGCAUGGUCACCUGUGGACAACAUUGCGGGAAGCUCGUCUUCAUUUUCUCAUCAACCUUAG